ACUACGACAGAGAUACGCGACGGAAAUACGUCACUGCGCAAAGCAUUGUGGUAAAUUGUGUUUUUCCUCUCUGCUGACGAACCCCUGCCCGCUGUCAAAGUUUAAAAGAAGCCCCUGCCUCCAGGCUCACAUUUUAUCCACUGUCUUGCUCCCUGCAGACAGAAUGGGUCGUGGCUAUAUAGUAGAAGAUGCUGUGGAGCGAUAUCUGUGUGAACUGUGUGAACCAUUGGCAGGUCCAAUCACAGGGCUGCUUAUUGGACAGAGCUCAGCCCAAAGGGAUUUUGUUGUCAUGGCGACUCGCACCCCCCAAAGGGAGGAGUCUGCUGCAGCGACUGGAAAUGCCCCGGACAAGGAGUGGGUUACUGAGCACGCCAGACAGGUGUCCAGGAUGCUGCCCGGAGGCCUGUCUGUAUUGGGAGUCUUCAUCAUCACUGAGACCGAUGGCAAGGACGCACUCACCACACUCCGACAGCUGGUUUUUGCAGUGGAAAACCUGAUCUCCUCAGAGCACCUGUGGAACCCUGCAGAUGAUAACAUCACAGACUGUGUUACCCUGCACGUCAACCCUAAAACAAGAAAAACCAUCUGCAGAACCUUUGACAUCAAAGAUACCAAGAGCAUGGCCAAGCCUGCAGACUGGAAGUACCAGUCAGGUGUGUGUUCCUCCUGGUCCAUGGUUUCAUGUUGUCUAAAUGUGGACAUGCUGGUACCACUACCAAGCAACACAACCAGUACAGAAAACAUGGAUGCGUGUCUUAAGGAGGGACUGAAGGUGUGGGCACACCAGAUUAUGAGUGGAGUUUGUCUGUUUGAUGGAAGAAAGCUACCAGAGGACACAGAGCUCACAGCAGGACAGAAGAGGAAUAUGAGACAGACAUACACAACUCAGCUGCUCAUCACACCGGAUGAACGGAGGCUAACAGAUGUGAUCCAGCGGUGUGGGGGCAGUGUGUCAGUCAGAGGAACAAUCCACAGUAGAGCUUACCUGCACAGCAACAAGCCAAAGGCCAAGCUGGCUGAGAAGCUGCUGAAGAGAGAUGUGGUUUCUACGGUGGCCACAAGGGUUCAAAUGCUCCUGGAGGAGCUGCUGACAUCAGAGGAGGAGAGAAAGAGCAGCAGGGACACGCAAAAGACCGAGCAAUUCUGCCUUCCUCGUCGAGUCUUUUGUCCCAUAGAAGCAACUGGGCCGGUGUGUGUGUGUGACUACCAGUUCAGUGACGAGGGCCUGUGUGAGGUGAUUGACAGGCUGAAGGAGAUGCUGGACAUUGAUGCAGCCGAGGAAGACUUGGAUACCAGGCAGGAGAUGACGGCUGAACUGAGAGAGAGCAACAUUAAAGCAGAGGCCACUGUGGAAACCACUGAAGUGCUGGAACCCAAAAGAAACAACUACAGUGGUUUUGCCAUUGCCACUGCUGCUGCCGUACUUGCCGCUGCUGCCUCAAUGCUCUAUCUCAAUGAUGUUUGACACGUAUAAACGCACACCAAAAUAAAGGGUAAUUGUUUUGGA